AUGCACGAGAGAGAUGAUGCUACCCAGCAUAGAGCAUGCAUGCACACCGACGCACGACGACGCACUUCCGAUGCGCCAACGGGCAAUCUUUUCCGACAGAGCUCGAGAUCGAUAUCCUUUUCGAUAUUGAUCAUAACAAUUCUGGCAGCAACGAAGGGCUUUGCAGAAGGAGCCAAAAUUCUGCUAGUUUCCUCCUUUCCCGGUGUGAGCCACUGGUUGACGUUCGAACACAUUGUGAAUGAACUGCUAGCUAGGGGUCAUGAGGUUACUGCCAUCAGCAAUUAUCGGCUCAAGAGCUCGAAUUAUACCGAUCGCUACAGGGAGGUACUGAUUGAGCCAACAUUUGACUUCGAGAGCGACCUUCCAAUGGAAUCCUACUACCGAUCGACCGCUUUCAGUAGCCCAUUUUUUAAGCUGAAAAUUCUAUGGUGGCUCGGUUUGGCUACAACGAAACAUGCCUUCGAGACUAACAACGUUCAGCAGUUUUUGCAGGAAGAAGGCCUACGUUAUGAUUUAGUGAUUGCGGAGCAAUUUGUACAGGAAGCUUUUCUAAUGUUCGGGCACAAAUACCAAUCACCAAUUGUCACGAUUAAUACACUAGGAUAUACGGACUACAUCGAUCGUGCUUUCGGAAUGAUAACCCCACUGUCGUUUGUACCGCAUUUCUUUACUGAGCUUACAGAUGAAAUGACAUUUUUCGAGCGAUGUUACAAUGUCAUUGUAACCACAUACGAUUGGGCAUACAGGAAGUUCGUUUAUCUACCGAAACAAACAGCAAUGGCCAGAAAAUAUUUUACCAAAGAAAACGGAUCCGGAGAACUGCUUCCUACGGUUGAACAACUAGAUAUGAAUGUAAGCGUGACUCUAGCCAACAGUAACAUUGUAUCGUUUAGGCCGAGACCUAAAAUGAUCGGUAUGGUUGAUAUAGCAGGAUGCCAUAUUAGGCAACCGAAAGAUUUGCCACGGGAUGUUAAGAACUUCGUAGAAAGUUCUCCAUCCGGAACGAUCUACAUCAAUUUCGGAACCUUCCUGCGGAGUUCAGCUAUGCCGGCCGAUACGUUACAAGUUUUUCUGCAAGUAUUCCGUAACCUUCCCCAAUAUCACUUCCUGUGGAAAUGGGAAAGCAACCAAGUUCCGGACCUGCCACCGAAUGUAAUGGUGCGAAAAUGGUUACCUCAGAACGACGUACUAGCGAGUUCCCACAUCAAACUGUUCGUUAGUCACGGCGGCAUCUUCGGUUCGCAGGAGUCCAUCUACUGGGGUCGUCCAAUGCUGUUCGUUCCCUUCUACGGCGAUCAGCAUUCGAAUGCUCUGAAAUUCGAGCGGCACGGUAUUGGCCUGACGCUUAACAUCGCCAAUGUAACGGUGCAUGAGUUUCAGCACAAAAUUCGGCAGAUUGUUGACAACGCUGACUACCAAAAUAAUGCGAACCGCGUGUCCAGUCUGUUUCGGGACAAUCCGGUGGACCCUCUGCAGGAGGCCGUGUUUUGGAUUGAGUACGUCAUUCGACAUCGAGGAGCACCACAUUUGAAAUCUGCUGCCGUUCGGCUACCGUGGUAUCAAUAUUUGCUCUUGGACGUCGUGGCACUUGCAAUUCUUAUUCUCUAUGUUGCUAUAUGGAUCAGUAGGAAGUUAUUUACAAUUCUUUGUCGAAAUAACAAAAUCGAACCAAAGAAAAAGAAGCAAUAA